CUCUGACCCCAGUGGCAGCUCCGACUCACUGCACUCCGGCUCCCCCUCAGACACACCGAGGCUGCCUACUAUAGCUCUCUCUCUCCCCCGCCGUCUGUCAGUGUCUCUCGCCCUCCUCUCCGGCUCUCUAUCUCUCGCUCUCCUCCUCGUCUGGUUUCUUUCCACCGGAGCCAGCCGAGGUCCCGCCGGGUCGAAGGUUCCUGCCCCUGCCAACCCGCCAAGCCAUCCGCAACACCCCCAGACUGUGGCUCCGGAGUCACCGCCGCAUGGACCCGAGUCCCUCAGCUGCCGCCGCCGUCGCUUCUUCUUCUCCUCCUUCCUCCGCGUAGAGGGCGACCCCGACCCGACGCUCUUUCCCCGGCCAGAUAUAACACCCAGAAAGGAGGGGGGAGGAAAAAGAGAAACCUCCGGGACGAAGACUGCAGCGAGUGUUGGUCGAGUCGGUCAGCCAGGAAGCUGCUGCCAGCCCAGCCGCCGCCGCUGCUGCUGGGAGAAUUCCUUAGCUUCUUGAGCGGCUGGCUCCGAAGGAUGACUGCUGCACGGCUCGUUGCUGAAUCCCGGUGAACGAACGGCGUCUCAUGUCCAUACGGUGGAAGGAUGGCUCAUGGCAAAGUGACCAUCACAGUGGACGAGUACAGCUCCAACCCGACCCAGGCCUUCACACAUUACAACAUCAACCAGAGCCGCUUCCAGCCUCCACACGUCCACAUGGUAGACCCAAUUCCUUAUGACACUCCCAAGCCGGCGGGACACACCAGGUUUGUGUGCGUUUCAGACACACACUCGCGUACAGAUGGCAUCCAGAUGCCCUACGGCGACGUGCUGCUCCACAUGGGUGACUUCACAGAGCUCGGCCUACCGUCUGAGGUCAAGAAGUUCAACGACUGGCUAGGUGGCCUUCCAUAUGAAUUCAAGGUGGUGAUCGCUGGUAACCACGAACUGACCUUUGAUAAGGACUUUAUGGCAGAGCUGGUCAAGCAGGAUUACUAUAGAUUCCCGUCAGUCUCCAAACUCAAACCGGAGGAUUUUGACAAUGUCCAGUCGCUCCUCACAAACUGUGUGUACCUGCAGGACUCGGACGUCACAGUAAAGGGAUUCCGGAUAUACGGGACACCAUGGACUCCAUGGUUUAACGGCUGGGGGUUCAACCUGCCUCGGGGCCAGUCUCUGCUGGAUAAAUGGAACCUCGUCCCCGAGGGCAUCGACAUCCUGAUGACCCACGGACCUCCACUCGGUUUCAGAGACUGGGUGCCUAAGGAGCUGCAGCGGGUCGGCUGUGUGGAGCUGCUCAACACUGUCCAGAAGAGAGUUCGGCCCAAACUUCACGCUUUUGGAGGCAUUCAUGAAGGGUACGGGAUCAUGACGGAUGGAUACACGACGUUCAUCAACGCGUCGACAUGCACUGUCAGCUUCCAGCCAACCAACCCGCCCAUCGUGUUCGACCUGCCCAACCCCUCCAGCUCCUGAGACCGGUCCGCCGUGGAUUCCUGAUUUCACGGGCCUUGAGAAACAUCUUCUUUUCUAUAAAUAUUUCAAGUUUAAAACAAAAACAAAAAUGAAGAUCCAAGUGUUUCUUUGCAAUUUUUUUCCUUUCCUUCAAGCUGUUGUGGAGGAAAUACGAGGGUCUGUUUUGUUUUUUUUGUGGGGGGUGGGAGGGGUACUUUAAAGGAGAAUACCGGUGGUGUGUUUUUCUUUCUUAACUGUGCCAACAGUCCAGGCAUGAGGCCUGGAUUCACUCCGUCUUAUUUGAUUGCCGUUUUGUUUGAAAAGCAAUGAGAAAGUGAGAUUGUUGUUCUUCACUAAGCAGAGGUAAGACUUUUAUCAUUGAUCUCUGUUUCUUUCAGCCACAGCAAGUAGGCAAACUAAUCCUUUAAAAAAAAACGCUGCCUUUGCUCAGAACGAUUGAAACAAACUGUGAGACUUUUUACGACGACUAACGUAACAACUUUUUAUUCUGGCCUUCUUUCCAUUUUCAGGUCAUCUGUAUAACAAGCAGAACGUUUUGAUCCUGUCCCACGCCGGUAUUCUCCUUUUCUUUGAGAUUUUGUGGUUAAACAAUCUUGCUCUUGAUUAAUAUUGCUCAAAACUGUAAAAUAAAUAAUGGUUUGUGAAUUUGUACAAUUUCUUUACGUUUGGUUUGGCCAAACUAUGGAUGCCAUUGUUUUUACGUUGUGUCAUAUGAUAAAUAUUUAGUUUCUUUUUGCUUUUCUCGUCAGUUCUUCUUCUCUUAUUGGCUGACAGGGAUGCUGCCUUAAACUAGCUUUAAUGUUCUCAGCUAGAGCCCCGAUUCUCUGCAAGCUCAGAGGAAAGUCCUUAUUUAUUACCCAUCAUCCCCGCAGUAAAACCACCCGACGAUCGCAGGGACAGAAAGCUAUCGAUUGCAGCCAGGAUGAUCACUUUUUAUCAAGGAUUUCUCAUCUAAUCUGGAAAAUGUAUAAUAACAUAUAUAUAAAUUAUAUAUUCAUCUUUUAAAACAUCUGUACUAAAGUUGUGUUUUGAUGAAGAAAAAAAGAAAAUGUUUUGUUUUUCUGUAUCUUCAAUGCUUGCAUCAUCAGAAGUUUCUUUUCACGUUUUUUGUAGAAAAUGAUUUCAAAUGAGAGGAAAAUGUGUCGAUCACAAUCCAACAGGUGUUGAUUGUUUUCCCUGCAACACACCUGCCUAAACAGGAAUGACAUGUCCUUUAAAGUGUAAAAUCUGAUAGUAUUUGUGUUUUAUUGCUUUUUUUUCCUAAUUUUGCACUGUGUGUAAAUGCAAUCUUGCUAGCACAAAAAAAAAUGUUGCCAAUAGUCGUCUCGAGUCGUUUCUCGACAGCUGUAAAUGCUCUUCUUUCGUGCUUUCUUCCUCCCUCACGCUCUUUCUCUGAUUGUAUCCCUCUUCAUGGAAAUGUUAGUUCUCUUUCAGUUUAUUGUGAUAUAUUUAGCUGCCUUUAUAUGCAAAUAAAAUUGCAAGAUUUUUACUGA